AACUAGCAGUAGCAAAAAUGACGGAUGAUGAUUGUGAUUAAAGUAAAUGCAGAAAGUGAAUGAGACGUCGCGUUUGAAAUAAAGUUUCAAUUAAAAAACCGCAGCCGAGUUUUAAAAGAUUUUGCUUUCUGAUAAAACGGACAAUAAACCUAACUGUUGUGUAUUCUUCGAAAAUAUUCGGAAAAACUUAUAAUAACCCACCCUCAAAUCAAAUGUCUGUCCAGUUUGCAUAGCAUAGAAUCAAAAGGAGAGAAAUCAAGUGAAAGACCUGGAAAAGGGAGCGAAGCAACAGCGAAAGAAACGUCGUCUCAGCCGCUGUUUGCGUUGCCGUCACAGUAUUUGCCGUGAGCACAUAUACUAUUGUCGGUGCUGCCGUUGUCGUCGUCUACAAAGUGAAGUGUUGAGUGUGUGAAUGAGGGGAGUUGGAGACGUUGGUGCUGGUCACUUGACACGAGAAAUUAGAGAAAAAAACGGAGCGUAAUAUUCUGCUUGUGAUAUACAAGUCCCUGAAUGGUGGGCACAUCUCACACCUCAAGAACAGUGCAUAUAUUUUGGUGCUGUCAUUUCUAAUAUCCACCCACCUUCGCCGAAAUUGCCAAAAUCAAUUCGUAUUGAAAGCAGCGCUAAUCGACAACACUAUAUCUCAGUAGCCACUACAAAUGUCAAAACUACAUUUGAAAAUCAACUUUUAACAUGUCUUGCAUAUCAGAAGCGAUAAAUAUCAGCAUUCUUCCAGAUUAGGCGUUAUUAGCGUACUCUAAAAGUCGGUGUCUCACACCCAACAACACCACCACCACUACCACCAACCGGCCUCGCAUUACAUAGCCGAUUGAGUCGCUUAUCAGUGCUGCAUAAGAAUCAGUGUAGUUGGACAUUGUAGCGAUAAAAACGAACCGAAAAUAAAAAAUAAGAUUUAGCGUGAAAACAUAGCAACAAAAACUCCGCACAAAAUAGUGGAAAAUCAACGAGUCCACGCUCAAUUCCUUACAUUAACUGGGAUAAUUGUUUACUUGUGUUGCUGUUCGUUGAGUGGGUGUUGCUGCUAUUGUUAAUCGAAGGGGAAACGCCACCCGUGCCCAAUAGCUAAACGACAUGGCACGAGGCUUUGACCAUUUAUUUAAAUUACUUAUUAUAGGUGAUAGUGGCGUUGGCAAAUCAUCACUGCUGAUACGUUUCUCAGACGACACAUUUGCCGGCACUUACAUUACCACCAUCGGGGUGGAUUUUAAGAUCCGGACUGUUGUCAUCGAUGGACUCCGCAUCAAAUUGCAAAUAUGGGACACUGCCGGACAGGAACGCUUCCGCACUAUAACGAGCACCUACUACCGCGGUACGCAUGGUGUGAUAAUCGUGUACGAUGUAACGAAUGGGGAGUCAUUUGCAAAUGUGCGUCGAUGGUUGGAUGAGAUACAAAACAAUUGCGAUGUGGUCAACAAAGUGUUGGUGGGAAACAAAAAUGACGAUCCAGAUCGUAAAGUGGUCAUCACCGAGGAUGCGCAACGGUUUGCGCGUCAAAUGGAUAUUGAGCUGUUCGAGACGUCCGCCAAAGACAAUACCAACGUGGAGGAGAUGUUCCUCGCCAUAACGCGGCAGGUGCUGCAGCACAAGCUGCGUAACGCACAAAACGAACAACAAAAGGACAGUAUCACUCUGAAACAACAAAAGAGUAAACGAAAAAGUAAAUGUUGCAGUUGAAAUGCACGCAAUCCCUCAACGGUUUUGUGUAAAACGCGCAAUAAAACCACAGUACUCAGCAUAUUUUAAAAUUAUAUAUUAUUAAAAAACGAAAAACAUACCACAUACACAUGCGCCAACAAUACACGUAUAUGUAUGCUAGGAAAUAUACAAAAACAAAACUCCACUAGCACACACCUGAACACCGUAGCCGUAUUCGAGUGUGGCAGUUGUAAAAAUGUGUAAUCGAAUCGGUAGAAGUGUUGCAGUACUCAGCAUAAUGUAAUGUAAAGGAGCGGGCUUUGGCAGUUGCAAAAGUAAUACGGUAUUCUAAAAUUAGGAAACAAAAGUAUAUGAUAAAAAAAGAUUUUUGUAAAACAAAAAAGGUAAAUACGAUGAAAAUGAAGUCACACCAAAACAACAACUGCAGCAAACUGCAAUAGCGUAGCGUUUUAUAAAUACACAGAUAUUUGCAUGUAUACAUACAUAUUACCUACUAUAUACAAUAACAUACACACGAUGUACAUUCAUAUGGAACGUAUUUUUUUAAAUACUUAAGUUAAACUAUAGACCCUUAAAUUGAUUUCUCUACUUUAAAGCUUAAGUAACCCAAGCUUGUUAUUUCAAGGCUGCAUCUUUCAACUGGCCAACUUGCCAACUGGCAAAGAGCAUAAGAAACACUUUCGUUUAUAAAACUGUAUUCAAUUAUUAGUAAAAACCAGUAAAGUCUACUAAAUAUAAGUGAUACUACGUCUUACCAUGUCAAAAAUACAAAGAAAACCAGUUUUUCAUCAUUAAA